GUUGGUUGCGCUUGGAAACUACGACGCUUUGUGAAAAAUGAAAACAAAUCUUAUACUGACAGGUAUUAUAUUUAAAAAACAGUAUACAAGCUCAAUUUUUCAUAAAUCACCCUUUUCAAUGCAUAUUGAAUUAGUAGAUUCUAAGAUGAAUAUCAGAUAGAAACACCAAACUAUACAAACAUUUCCAGACUAACAAAACAACAUAGAUUUUAUCCAUCAUGACAUCGACUGGAGAGCAACAAACUUCUGACGAAGCUCAGCAGAUAUCGUUGAUGGCCAGAAAUGCCAUCAGUUUUUUUGAGCGUUAUGAUAAUUAUGAGUGCCAAGAAUUACUGGAAUAUUCCACACGACAUUGGAUGUUAUCCACCGAAGAUUUUAAAUUUCCCACGGACCCACCCGUCGGUUUGAUUAGCAACGUCAAUCCCACAAACUCUAAUAAAUCAAUUUUGUUACUGCCAGUUGAUGAGACAGUGACCCCGUUAGAUUAUCGAGAAGUUCAUCAAAUCAUUCGAGAACUAAUAAAUGGAAUAUAUGUCUUAAAUCAAACCCCAACACUGUCACUGGAAGCUAAUUUCGAUCAGAGUACUUCGUGUCAGCUGGCCCCGGCGUAUAUCGACACAAAAAUUGGACAGACUAUGGUCAGUGUUGAUUAUAUGAUGAAGGGAAUGUGGCAUGGAGCUUAUAUACCAAAAGAUAAACGGACUAAAUUCUCAGAGAGAUGGCGGAUGAAUUUAGACGUGGACUCUCAUGGUAAACCAGAAACAAAGAAAUCUCUUCUAAAUGAAUUUACAAGUGCUGGUCUAAUUGACAUCACAGCCGAUCCAGAUUACACAAAUAUAUACAACCGAAUUCCAAUGGAUUUACCGGGAGACUCGGACAUGAUGGAAGAGAGGAGAUUUUUUAUGAGUCAUGCAGAAGACUUGAGCAUGAAAAUAACACUUCUUCAAAAACAAUUAAAGCACCACAAAGACAUGUAUUUAGUAGAUUCUGAUUGGCUUGUGUCGAGUAUUGUUCGUUUAUUGGAUAAUCGUAUUGACCAUACAGGAUACGAACGGAUUAAAACACGUUUACAGAUGCAUGAAGAAAUUAUUAAAUCAUAUUUACCAAAUAAAUCAGAGGUCAGGCGUAAUAUCGAACUCUUAAAACUUGUUAGUUUUUUAACACCAUUUUUAAUUGGUAUGCGUAAAAAGAUGAAGAUACCAGAUAUAACACGAUUAUUACCGCCUGUUGCAGCUGAUGAAUGUCGAACAGAAAGAGAGUUACCUCCCCUUAUACUAGGAUCAGAUUUUCGAUGUCGUAAUUUUAGUUAUGGAGAGCGCUACUUUAACCUCCAUGGUGGUAUUGUUAUAGAUCUAGAAACUGAUGAAAUGAAGAAACUUUCUCAACCAUUCAUUGAUUCAUACGAAGAUCUGCAUUCAGAAUCACAGAAUUUUCUCAAUAAAAUGUUAGAUCCUGUCAUACAAGUACCAGAACAGUAUAAACUUCCUAUCAGAGAGAUUGAUGGUAAAAAUUACUAUGUGAUAAUGUUAGAGUUUGAGACGUAUUAUAGUGCCAACCCUCAGAAACCUUUGUGGAUUCGUGCAUUUCAUGAAGAACUUCAAACUUUAAAACCUAAAAAACUACCAAUACAUGAAAUACCACUACAUGAACAGUUCAAGAAAUAUUUUGGAUAUAAAAAAGCUGUGAAAUACAAGACUCCACAGAAUGGUUUAAAGGCAGCAGCACAACGAGGCUUGGUUGUUAUAUUUCAUGCUCUGUGUCGUAAAAUGCCUGCGUCCCGUCUGGGUAAACAAGAUGAACAUGGUUUAUCAUACCUUCACUAUGCAGCCAUGUUUAACAGACCUCAGAUUAUUGCGUUACUGCUGUUACAAUCAAUGGAUGUCAAUGUCCGACGUAACAACAUCAUGGGAACAGGUCCAACUGGAUUACAUAUGGCAGCUAGAUGUGGGUCGUUAGAUGCUGUUGCAUGUCUUCUAGCCAACUAUGCUAAUGUAUUAGCUACAGAUCAGGAUGGGUGGGCACCGAUACAUCAUGCUGCUUUCUUUAAUCACGAAGACAUCCUGGCGCUGAUGAUCAGAAAAAAUUCAGGAUUAAUGGAACUACAAACUAAAAAUGAUGUGAAGUCAUCACCCUUAUUACUGGCAGCAAGUUCUGGUGCCCUGAUGGCAGUAAGAUGUCUCAUUGGUCUUGGUGCCGAUAUAACGAAGGUGGACACCACAGAGAAUAAUAUGGUAAAUUUGGCGGCACUACGUUUCCAUACCAACAUCCUGGAAUACCUGAUCGAGUGGAAUAAUCCGGAUAUUCCUGUCUGGAAAAUUCUAGUUGGAAUGUUACGGGAUGAGUCACUGGUUAAACAAGAUGCAGGUGUCAAAUGUCUGGAAGUUCUUUCUACAUCUAAAUCUCAUCACUGGAAGGCCAUUUUACAUGCAGAUGGAAUACCAGCUCUUGUGGAUCUAUUGAAUACAGAUAAUGAUGAGAUACAAACAGUGGCCGCUUCUGUUCUCUGUAACAUCUCCGAACAUCAUGAUAUCAGAUUUGCUCUAACCAGAUGUCUGGCCGGACCCAUACUUAUAAAACUUUUAGGCUCCCCAAUCGACGACAUACAAUCGAGGGCAGCCAUUAUUUUAUCAGAUUUAGCAAGUGUUGAAGGGAAUCAGGAUAAUAUUGCGAGUAAUGGAGGAAUACCUCCUCUUGUACAUUUGUUGGACUCAGAGUUAGAGGAUGUUCUGGUGAAUACAGUCAACGCAAUACGAGUCAUGUGUUUAAACAAUGCAGAGAAUCAGGCAGAGGUUGCAAAAUGUGGUGGAAUUGAACCAUUGGUUGAAUUUCUAACAGUAGAUUCAGAUAUUUUACAAGCAGCCACUUCGGCAGCCAUAGCAGCAGUAUGCGCUUAUAAUAAAACAAACCAAGACGCUGUCAUGGCUGAAGGUGCAAUAAAACAUAUUGUAGACAGAAUAAGAUUAAGUCGGAAUGUUACAGUACAAGUUAAAGCAGCUAGUGCUCUAGAAGCCCUGGCGGAGAAUAAUCCUGAAAUACAAAAGGCUUUCCUAGAACUUGAUGCCCCAAAAGCUCUGAUUAAAUUAUUGAAGAAUAUAAAUGUGGAAGUACGAGAACAAGGGGCAUGUUCAUUGUGGGCGUUGGCUGGACAUAAAAACACCCAACAGAAAUAUAUUGCUGAACGAACAGGAAUUCAACAUAUUAUACAGAUGUUAUUAGAACCGACAGAAAAACUUCUUUAUGUUGGAUGUAUGACGGCCAUUGCAUUGGGACGUGAAAAUGCUGAGAACCAGAAUAAACUGGCGAGUGCUGAUGCCUUUCAGCAGUUAAUCAGAUUAUUACGAUCCAAUAAAACGUCUGCUCGAGUUUUACUCAUGGUUAUAAAAGUUCUAGGUAUUCUCUGUGUAGGUGUGGCAUACAGGAAUAAUAAGGUAACCCAGAGGAAGAUAGCUGAGGAAGGGGGAAUCCCUAUCUUAGUUCAACUGUUGAAAUAUCCCCUAAAUCAAGAGAUACAAGUGGAGGUGGCCAUAUCACUGGCUUGUGUUGUUCUCAGUAACCAUGGUAACCAAGAAAAGUUACAAGAAGAACCUGAUUUUAAUUUUGAUGUUUUGUUAUAUCUGUUAAGAUCUAAAGAUGAGGACAUACAGUUGAAAGCGGGGACAGCAUUAACAAUAUUUGCGUUUAAUAAUACACCCCAGCAGUUUGAGAUUCGUGAAGCAGGUGGUAUCAGAUAUUCCAUGUUUGAAAGAUUUAUAGAUUCACCUGAUGAAUUCUAUCAAUGUUACGCAGCCUUUCAGGUUGUUGUAUUAGCUCGAGUUAUCGUUGAUGUCGAUCAGGUUGUGUUGACAGCAAGGGGAAUAACUCUACUGGUAGAGAAACUCAAAUCUAAAGACAAUAAUGUUACAGUAUUAGCCGCCAGUUUGUUAUCGAGUUUAGCUCACACUCGUGCUGGAAUCCCUGACGCGAUGAUAACCACGGGAGCCAUCGACUUGCUGAUUGAACAUCUUUAUUCAACCAAUGAUCAAGUGAGGAAUUCUGUUGCCGUGGCUUUGGGAUAUUUAACUUAUAAUAAGACUGCUGCUAGACUUCUGUUCUCAGCCUGUAGGAAUACACCAGGACUAUAUAAUCUAGUCAUGGAUAAUAUUGGCAGUAAUCCAAGAAUCAGUGAAGAGUUUGUCUCUGAUUUCAGAAGAGCGAAGAUUGUUGGUCUGCCCUCACAAUGUUUGGAGAUGAAUGGAGGAAAAUCUCUGACUUCAGAUUCACGGCCACAAACAUCUCACACGGGAUCCCGAGCUUACAGUCGUCUGUCAAACCGAGCCGUGUCAGCUCCAGCAGUUGGUCAUCGCAGUAAAAAACCUGUCAGUCCUACAUCUGGUGGCAAGUCGACAACCAACUUAAAAACACCAGAAAGAGAAUUACGGCCGCACUCGGGCUCUACACGUGCUCCUACCAGACAGAAUACCAACAGUAGUUUUAAAACUAAUAUACAUGCGUGGAAGAAGUAGAUAGAUAUUUUAUUGAUUUGUGAUGUGAUAACCAGUAAAUAUGUGCUAAAUAGACAUAUUCUCACAACAAGACACAGAUAGAAAAAUUGACACAGCACAAUUAGAUAUUCCUAAAGAAUAUUUUGAGAAUUGAAUUCCAAAUUUUUUAAUCUAUUAUGCCCUUAUAAACAUGUGUAGUACCAGUUACAUCACAUAUCUUGUGAUCAUUUAUACACUUCCUCAAAGAUGGGUUCCCGCGUACAAACAGGGUGAUUUAAUGGUAUAUAUGGACUAAAAACAUAUUCAAACUAAUUAAUUAGUCAUAACUUUGCUUUAAAUCCUUCUCAAACAUUGUAAUUGCGAAGGAAUGUGCUGCUAUAAAAAUGUCUACGAUAUCACCCUAGGUGGAAGUGGACGUAAAACUCCAACGAACGAAAAGGUCAUGUUUACGUCACGUGACUUAACUCUCAUGGAAGUCAGAGGAGAAUUCAUUGCAUACAUGUUGUCUUUAAUCGCUUACUAUUUAUUACAAAUAUCGAAUCCUAAUUAAAUUUUUGGAUUAUCCACUACCUGCGUCUUUUUCCGUCAUUUUUAUCUCAGAAAGUGUUGUAAGUCUAACUCUUCAUAAAGUUUAUCAAUUUUUACAUCAAGCGAUCAAUGUUUGCUUGUGACCUUUGACAUCACGAGUGCAGAAAUUCCUAAUCGCCGGGCUGUUGAUUAGGGGAACCCUUACAUUUUUGUCCUGUAUACACUCUAUGAGUGUUUUUCAGGGAAUCCAGUAUUUUUCUAGUAAGAUUGGAUAUCUCUACUUUCCAUACAUACCAUAAUUACCAUACUUUUAUUGGAAAUAACCACCCGAUAAAUACUUUUCUGGGAACCCAUCUUUAAUAGUAGUAUAUAUAUCUAAUACACUUCCUCAAUAGUAGUCGCCUAUAUCUCAAACGCUUAUUCAAAAGUAUUUUUCAUAUGGAUGAUAUGGAUGGUCGAAUGGUUAACACCUGUGUGUGGCAUCAUUGAGUCAAGUGGCAUGGUUUCAAUUCCCUGCUGGUGCGUGAGAAGUAGGGUCGCCUAUCCACCUCAUAGGUUUUCUCUUGGUCCUCCGGUUUCCUUCCACUGCUAAAGACCCCAACGUGCAUGUGAAUUAAUAAAAUAAAAUUAAACUAUAUGUUACUUCUGAAAUGACCUAGUUUGUGUCAGUGGACAUUAAACCUCAUUUCUCUCUCUCAAUAGUAGUGUUUUUAAUUUGAUAAAAACAAAUGCUGUAAAGUAUAACAUAUCGCAUUGUGUAUAUUUCACAUAAUUACCAUAUACCCUAAAACUAUUAUCACAAUAUUUUAAAAUAAAUGUUGCAUAAUUUUUAAAAUUUCAGUGUAACAAUUUUGAAAUAAAUUAUUCAGAUUUAAUUUAGGAAUGAUCUAUAACUCAGUUGUGAUACAAACUUACAAAUGUAUAUUUGUUAACAUGUUACCUGUCUAUUGUUUUACCUGUAUGUUACCUGUCUAUUGUUUUACCUGUAUAAGAUUAAUUAUAUCAACAAACUGUUAUUUAUCAACCACAGAUUGUUGAUGUUAUAUAUGAAUUGUUAUUGUUGAUUUUCAUUUAAAUUCCAUCCUCAAAUCAAGCCUUUUAAAUGUUGCUCAUUUUAAGAAAUAUUUUAUUUAAUUAUUUAACUUUUAUUUUACAUAUCAAGAAUGUAAGAAUAAUAAUAAUCUUUUACUGUUUUUUUUUUUUAAAAAAAGCGAUAAAUACAUGUACAGUACUUGAAUCUUUGAUGUAUCAUUCAUACCCUUUAAACAUAGCUGCCUUUUAUUAGAAAAUAUUGAAUAAAACAUUAGUUUAUCGACAUCUAAUUUUAUAAAGUUUGUAAGAUCAAUUUAUAUAUUUGAAUUAUUUUGUAUUUAUAAUUAUUUAAUUAACCAAAUUUUAUUUAUUUCUGGACUUUCAUAAUGUUUUUGUUUUUUUUAAAUUCGCAAAUUUUGUUUUUUUUAUAAAUUCAUAAUGUUGUUUGUUUUUAAAUUCAUAACAUGAAUUAUGUAAAUCAAUUGUGUUAAUUAAUGUAUUUAUUUAUAUCAGGAAGAAAAGGUUUUUUGAAGAUUGUGUAACACAUUUUCAGAAGUGAUGAAAUUUAAUUUACAGUAGAAAUUAUGUAUUGCAGGUCCUAUUUCUAGCUUCAGUUGUUAUAUAAAUUAUUAUUAUUUAGACAUAUUCACUCUCUAUGGCUUACAUAUUGAACGGAUUAGAAUAGUCUUGUCUUAUAAUAAUUUAAUGAUUAUUUUCAAUAUAUUCAUUACUCAUUAUCUAUUUUUGAACCAUUAUUGCAAGAACGGUCAGCUCUUUAUCUUAAAUAAUCCAUCUUUAAAAAAACAAUUAAAUAAUUAAAAAGAAACAUUUAAAAUAUUGUAUUUAUAGGUGGUUAUUUCUAGAUUUAUUUUGUUAUAUUUAGUAAUUCAUCUAUAAUCAUUAAAUGCUCAAUAUAAUUACCACAGACUUCCUGUCAUUAUCUUGGUAUAUUUAAACAAUGUCUUCAGCUAUUAUAAUUGAUCUAUGUUUAAAGUAAUAAUAUUAUCAAUUCAUAUAACCCAACCCAUGUCCAGUCGUUUCAUGGUAUAAAACAUAUUAUAUUUACCGCUUUCUCUAUCCCAAAACCUCCUACAUAUUAUACAGUUCACAAUUCUAUAAAAUACAAUGAGUGACAUUUCUAGACAUUAUCAAGCAAUGAUAAAAUAUAACAAGGCAGUAUAUAAAUGUACACAACAAUGCUUCGUUAAUACUGAUCAACCAGAGACACCCUUACUUGGUCAGCAUUAACCAAGCAUUGUUGUGAUCAUGUAUAUAUUGUUUUGUUGCAUUUUAUCAUCGUUUGAUAAUGACUAGAAACGUCGCUCAAUAAAAGGCAGUAAUUGUAUUCCAUAGAAUUGUGACCUGUAUAUUCCAGUUCAAUUACUAAAUGCCAUUGACCCAGCCUUGUUUAGUAUUUACACCCGCCACGUCUACUUAUUAGAUUACAUGGCUAUUGGGUGUGUAACUUUUAUUGGUUUGUAAUUAAAGCGACCACGUAUCCAUUAAUUAGAAGCGAUCAUCACUAAUAAAGAUACAAAUUUAGUGCCAAUAAUUUAAA